AAUCUAGUUUCUCGCAAGCUUUCAUGAAAUCAAAAGGAUUUUGCUGCCAAAAUGAAAAAGUCAAAUUAGCAUUACUUGAACCAUCUCCACCAGCUAUAUCACAGUUAUUAACUGGAUCUGAUAUUAUUACUGGUGAGAGAUAUGUUCAAGAUAUUAGAAAUAUUUUACCUACGCGUUUCAUUAUGAACGUUUUUUAA